UGCCCUCAAUAACACACACAUAAAGUGCAGUCUGCAAGAGGAGAGGGUCUCUAACACUGUUUUUAAGAAACAUUUGCAGUCAUGGAAGCACUUGGCCAAACGGAUGAAGAUCAGCUAAUUGAGUAUGCCAUACAAUUGAGCAUUCAGGACACUUGUAAGUUACCACUGCUCAGACAAAUAGAGAGUUUCCACACAGCCAGUGAUGAAAACUUGAGGAUCCUCAAGACCAUUGAAGAAGGUGAUGCGUUCUCCUUGCGGGGCCUGUCACGCUUCACCUUUGCCUUUAAGGAGAGGGACAGCAGGGGCUGGUUCCCCAUGCAUGUGGCAUCAGUCCAGCCACUGGCCCAGGUUCUGGACAAAGUACUGAUGGCUUCACAUGAACUGACCAUGGAGGAGAAAACUGCAGAUGGAGAGACUCCUCUCACCCUCGCCACCCAGGCUGGAUUCCUGGAGAACGUCGGGAUCUUGCUCCAGCAUGGAGCCUCCCCCCACAACACCAAUGACAAGAAUGAGUCUCCACUCCUGCUGGCGGUGAGGAACAGCUCAUACGACAUGGUGGAGACCCUCAUCAUGGGGCGAGCCUUUGUGGAGCAGAUGUGUCUGAAGAGCUGGACGGCUACCCACGAGGCGGCCAAGGUGGGCUGCUGUGACAUCCUCAGGCUGCUGCUGAGGCACGGGGGUGAUGUGAAUAGCCGGGACGGACAUGGGGUCACGCCUCUGGGCAUCGCCGCUGAAUAUGCCCAUCCAGGCAUCCUGCAGAUCCUCAUCGCAAACGGUGGCGAUGUGACUGCACAGGCUGCCAAUGGAGACUCUGUGCUGUAUGAUGCUGCUGGCUCAGGAAAUCUUGACUGUAUCAACUUGCUGCUGGAGCAUGGUGCCAAUCCCAAUGUGGCCAGUAUGUGUUCCCAGCUCCCAAUCCAUCGAGCUGCAUACGAAGGACAUUAUCUGGCACUGAGGAUACUGAUCCCCAUCACCACCAAAAGAGCCAUCCGUAUAUCUGGCAUGAGCCCGGUGCACUCGGCCGCAGACGGAGGCCACGUCGACUGUCUGGAGCUGCUGAUUGAGAAGGGCUUUGACGUCAACCCCGUCCUGGACACGUACAUCUCAGAGAGCUACGGCGACAUGCGAUACAGCGCACUCUACUUCACCGUCUCCAACAAUGACGUUACCUGUGCCGAGACGCUGCUCAGGGCGGGGGCGCGGCCCAAUCAGGACCCACUUUGCUGCCUCCUGGUGGCCGUACGGGCUGGCCAGUACGAACUGGUCCGCUUGCUGCUGAAGUAUGGAGCUGACAUCAACUGCUACUUCACGACGCUCUGCAACACCAUGUUCCCGACUGCGCUGCAGUACAGUCUGAAGGACGAGAUGAUGAUGCGCCUGCUGCUUAACAACGGCUACGAUGUCGAAAGCUGUUUCCGCUGUCACCACCGCGAGGGCUGGCUCCAGGCCUCUGUCUGGAAGCAAGUUCAUACCAUGCUUUACAGCUACUGCAGUGACCCAGAAAAACUCGCUUUCUGUGAUUUGAUCAGUCUGUCCUCACUGGCACACUCUGCGGGACGAGUCGUGCAGAUCCUGCUAGACUACGUGCAACACGUCCCCCUGUGUCACAAGUUAGAAGCGAUUCUGGAGAGACAGCAAGAGUGGCCUGAGAUUUGUGACACACUGAGAAACCCACGGUCCCUGCAGCACCAGUGCAGACUGCUCAUCAGGAAACACAUGACCUCAAGAAGACUAAGUGACCCCGAGUACAUGGAGACAGUCCCAUUUCCCCCUACGCUCAAGAACUAUCUGAUGUACAAAGAGUAUGACAUGUAUGGCAACAUGUAAUUCAAGAAUGUUUUUUUCGUAUAGUAAUGAUUUUGCACAUGUGAGUGUGAGUGUGUAUGAUUUUUUGUAAUACUAGUUUUAUAUUGGCUUGCUCAUUCAACAGCAUUAAAAUGGACUGUAAAUUGUACUGGUUAUUUGAGAGUCUCUGAGAUUGAUAUAAAAUGUACAGAUCUAGACUGAGAUCUCAAUUAAGUGCUUCUCACUCAAAAGUAUUCAGAAUGCAUCAUAGUGACUGACAUACGUCUAUAUAACUAGUCAUAAAUACACAUGAAUGCACUCAUAAAGCAUUAUUGUUAUUAUGAAAACUUGUAUGGAGUCACAUAUGGCUCUAUGGAGAACAUGUGGUGAAUUGACAGCAUUUGACAUAAGGCAAUGUAUAAAUAUGUA